UUUCCGCCCUUUAGCAGAUUUAUGACUGGUGCGUAGAAACAUCAGAACCCUGGCCCACCCCGGCGGUCCGUAAGCCCCCGCGGAUUGUUUUGGAAUUUAGUAGGUGGUAGGCGCGCCCCCGAUGCUUGCGCUGACAGUGUCAGUGAGCGCUCGAGUGCUGGCGCUCAUAGCUGAUGACAAUGUCAAUUAUUUUAGGCACUUUGUGAGCUUCCAUUUUAGUAGCCCGUGGGAAUUUUUUUUUACAGCUAUGUAGCCUAUGUCAGUCAUACAGAAGACAGUCUAUAGUUAUAAGGAUUUUCAGAGGAAAAUAUUUUGGAGCAAUGGCGUUUCUCCAGAGGACCGAGAACCGCGGCUUUGCGGGAACAGCAGGUGGAUGAAGCCAGGCGACUCAGAUCCCAGUGCGCCCUUUCCCACCGGCGAAAGCUCUGCGCGUGACUGCGAGGUGGAGGGUGUGGAUGGUGUUGAUAUGAGCAGGGUGUGUGUGUGUAGUCAGGGCAAGGAGUGUGUGUAUGAGCAGGGUUGGUGCUUACACUGCUGUGGCCCCCAUUCUCUGAGGGAGGAGUGUCUGCUUUCAGACCCACAGGGAGACAGUGAUGCUGAUGCUGAUAUAGAGGACACAGACAACAGACUGCAGGGGGGCAGCCCUCUCCAGCGAAUGAGCUCUCGGAGGCGGCGGCGGCAGCGAUUAGCACGGCCGGACACCACAGAGAGUGAGGAUGAUGGGGGGCGGAGCCACAGAGCCCAUCGCUGGAGUCUCCGCCUCAGCCCUCACCGCACCCACAACCGCACUAUCCUGGAGGUGCUAUUACACACCUACUACACAUCUAUAACUAAUCUAUUACACAUCUACUACACACCUAUAACUAAUCUAUUACACAGGUACUACACACCUACAAUUAAUCCAUUACACACCUACUACACACCUCUAACUAAUCUAUUACACACCUACUCCACACCCAUAACUAAUCUAUUACACACCUACUACACACCUACUCUCUCUCUUUCCCUCUCUCUCAGGAAAGUGUAUCUCAGGUGAGACCAUUGGUUCUGUGUCGACCCUGUGGAAGGACACUACAUGGAGCCCCGACUGAAGACCCCAGAAGCAGGGUGUGGCACAGGGUGUGGUCAGGGGUGUGGUCAAUGCCCAUGUGGCCUCUCCUCCUCAUCAUGCCUCUGUCUGUCAUCAUCAUCCUCAUGGUUUUGCUGUUGCCUCAGACUGACAUCUGACACCCUGCUUUAGCCUAUAAACUCUGUCCCCUCACCUGUAAACUCUGCCCCCUCACCUAUAAACUCUGCCCCCUCACCUAUAAACUCUGCCCCCUCACCUAUAAACUCUGCCCUCUCACCUGUAAACUCUGCCCCCCCACCUGUAAACUCUGUCCCCCCCUCACCUAUAAACUCUGCCCCCUUCACCUAUAAACUCUGCCCCCCCAUCUGUAAAUUCUGCCCCCUCACCUGUAAACUCUGCCCCCUUCACCUAUAAACUCUGCCCCCCCCCACCUGUAAACUCUGCCCCUUCACCUAUAAACUCUGCCCCCCCACCUGUAAACUCUGCCCCUUCACCUAUAAACAGUGCCCCCCCACCUGUAAACUCUGUCCCCCCCUCGCCUAUAAACUCUGCCCCCUUCACCUAUAAACUCUGCCCCCCCCCCCCCACCUGUAAACUCUGUCCCCCACCUGUGUGCAUAUGAAGCACACUUGUCAUUACUGUAAUGCACAUGUGCACUGGUCCUGUACAUACUGUUUAACCCCAAACCUUGGAUAUCACUGUAAACUAGGGUUUCUCUAUACUGUUAAAUAACUGUAAAGGUUGCAAUAUUGAAAAUGAAAAUAAUUUAUAGUGAGAUGCAUUACAUGGCCAAAAGUAUGUGGACACCUGACAUCCAACAUCUCAUCCAAAAUUAUGGGCAUUAACAUGGAGUUGGUCAACCCUUUGCUGUUAAAACAACCUCCACUCUUCUGUGAAGACUUUAUACUUGAUGUUGGAGCAUUGCUGCAGGGAUAUGUUACCAUUAAGCCAAAAGAGCAUUAGUGAGGUCGGGCACUGAUUGGGUGAUUUGGCCUGGCUCACAGUUGGCUUUCCGAUUGAUCCCAAAGGUGUUGGAUGGGGUUGAGGUCAGGGCUCUGUGCAGGCCAGUAUAGUUCUUCCACACUCGACAAAACCAUUUCUAUAUGAACCUCGUUCAUGCUGAAACAGGAAAAGGCCUUCCCCAAACUGUUGGUGAAGCAUAGAAUCAUCUACAAUGUGAUUGUAUGCUGAAGCAGUAAGAUUUGCCUUCACUGGAACAAGGGGCCUAGCCCAAGCCAUGACAAACAGCCCCAGACCAAGGGGUGUCCAGAUACUUUUGGUCACAUAGUGUAUAAUUGGCUUAGAUGUAAUAUAUAAUACAGAAUAUCUCACAAAUAUACUACAUGUGUAUAAAUGAAAAAGAUGGAUCUCUCAGGUAAAUAUAGUUAUGUUUGUAGUGGUUGAUUAGACUCUAUCAUUCCUCAGUAAAAAUGCUUUUGAUUUAUAACAUGACUCUCUCUCCCCACCCCCCCCCCCCCCCAUGCAAACACACAUAUGCACAAUGCACAAACACUGAAACCAAGUCUGUGUAUUUUAUCUAAUAUCAGUGCCAGUUUGUUUAAAAUAAUUCUAAUAUUUUAUUAGGAAUAUUUCCACACCAAUCUGUUUACAAUUAAAAGGAAUUGUAAGUCUGAUUGCCAACUUUCAAAGCAUUAUUUUUACUAUGCUUAAUCAGCAGAAAUUAGACUAUUAACCACUAAGUUUGCCACUUGUGUUUGCUAGCUACUGUAUGUAUAUAUAUAUAUAUAUAUAUAUAUAUAUACACUGUAUACCUAUUUCUCACAGAUAGUGAGAAAAACAUGGAAACUCCAGGAAAGAGUUUUUAUCAGGAUGUGAGACAGCAUGUGUGGCCUGUGGGCACCAUGGCGCACACUGCAGCUCUGUGGGAGGAAAACCACACCGCUCUUCCAACAGAAAGCCAGUCAGCUCCUGCUUUGGGUGACUGAUCAUGCCCUGCGUAGGGGGCAUUGGGUGACUGAUCCUGCCCCGUGUAGGGGGCAUUGGGUGACUGAUCAUGCCCUGCGUAGGGGGCAUUGGGUGACUGAUCAUGCCCUGCGUAGGGGGCAUUGGGUGACUGAUCAUGCCCUGCGUAGGGGGCAUUGGGUGACUGAUCAUGCCAUGCGUAGGGGGCAUUGGGUGACUGAUCCUGCCCUGCGUAGGGGGAUUGAGUGACUGAUCAUGCCCUGCGUAGGGGGCAUUGGGUGAAUGAUCAUGCCCUGUGUAGGGGGCAUUGGGUGACUGAUCAUGCCCUGUGUAGGGGGCAUUCAGGGGGGUUCAGCGGUGUUGGGGUGUCAGUGUGGUAAAGGGGGUACUGCAGUGUUGGGGUGUCAGUGUGGUAAAGGGGGUUCAGCAGUGUUGGGGUGUCAGUGUGGUAAAGGGGGUACUGCAGUGUUGGGGUGUCAGUGUGGUAAAGGGGGUUCAGCAGUGUUGGGGUGUCAGUGUGGUAAAGGGGGUACUGCAGUGUUGCGGUGUCAGUGUGGUAAAGGGGGUUCAGCAGUGUUGGGGUGUCAGUGUGGUAAAGGGGGUUCAGCAGUGUUGGGGUGUCAGUGUGGUAAAGGGGGUUCAGCAGUGUUGGGGUGUCAGUGUGGUAAAGGGGGUACUGCAGUGUUGGGGUGUCAGUGUG